AUGCUGCCAAAAGGAUCAAUCAACUCAGCGAAAGAAACAAUAAUUAUCGAUGAAAAGGAUAUCGGUGUUGAUCAUGGGGAGAAGGAUUUUGAGAGAGAUGGUUCAAAUUCGAUGAUUUUUCGCGAGAUUCAAUCUGAGAACAAAUUAGCGCAUCAAGGAGAGAUCAAUUACCUUCAAACAUUGGUGAGCUUAAUCAAAGCAAUGGUCGGCGCAGGAGUCCUCUCAUUGCCAUAUGCAUUCAAGCAAGCCGGACUAUGGAUGGGUUUCUCAUUGAUGAGUCUCUUUGGUUUCAUCAGUUACUUCACUUUCCGCAAAAUUGUCCUUUGUGCUCAUUACUUGGCGAAAGAGCAUAAUUUCGAGUCUCUGGAUUACGGUUGGAUGGCCGAGAAAGCAUUUGAGAAAAGCUUACCCCCUCUACGAAGAUUUGCCACACCGAUGAGAUAUGCAAUCAACACGUGCAUUUUUGGCUUUCAAUUAGGCGUCUGUUCAAGUUAUGUCGUUUUCAUCAAAGAGCACGCGAAAGAGUUAGUCGACUACAAGUCACCAUCAAAUUCGAUCAGUCCUGCUUUAUAUUAUGUGAUUGAGUUUGGAUUUGUGACUUUAUUAGUGCUGGUGAGAAGUAUUCGAGUGAUCUCAUUUGUGGCGCUCGCCGGGAAUGUUUUUGUGUCAACGGCAUUGCUUGCAAUAACACAAGAACUCGUCCGUUCCGAGCAUCAUGUAGGAUCACUUCCAGCUGUGCAGGGUAUUGGUGGAAUGGUUUUGGCAGCGGGAGCUAUUCUCUACUCAUUUGAAGGACAGGCCAUAAUUCUUCCGUUAACGAACAAAAUGAAGAAACCAAAACAAAUGAUGGGAGUUUUCGGGGUGCUUUCUAUUGGAGUUGGAGUCGUCACAUUCAUUUACGUGGGUGUCGGUUUUCUUGGCUAUAUCACAUACGGUGAUGAUACAGCGGCGAGUAUUGGAUUGAAUCUACCAAAUUAUGGCAUUUGGUUCUAUGUAAAACUUCUACUGGUGCUAGUUGUUUACACAAGUUAUCUCAUUCAACAAUUUGUCAUUGUUGACAUGGCCUGGCCCUUCAUUAAGGAAAAGAUUGAAAACCGAAAUUUCUUCCCCCGUUUACUCGUUCUCUGGGAAUUUCUCUUCAAGAUUUUCCUCAAUUUCAUCUCUUUUCUUUUGGCGAUUGUUGUGCCAAAGCUUGAUGAUAUUAUUCCACUUGUUGGAGUCACAGCUGGAAUGUUGCUUGCUUUGGUGAUCCCAUCAAUCUGUCACACGGUUACAUUUUUGCCAAAGUGGCUUAAAGAGAAAAAUUAUCGAUGGAUGAUGAUUCAUUGCUCGAUUGAUCUAACUCUUUUCAUUGCCGGAUGGUUUUUUGUAAUCGAUGGUUUCAUCACGAACUUGCAAAAUAUUCUCAAAGAUGUGAGGGAUGGAGAGUUUAAAUUUGGA